AUUGCAACCUCGCAGACAGCCUAUAACACGUAAGGUUUCAACUUCUCUAUUGUCCUUCUCAUCGUACAACAUUAACAUUUCCGACUGCACUUGAAAGCCUCAACAGCCACAGCAGGUUUCACGAAGGGGGAAGGAGAGUUUCCCACACGAGCCUUGUCUUUAACAACAUCCUCUUCUCUGUAGCACAUAUCUCGACAGUACAACACGUCCGUUUGUUAUUUUAUUUAUUUAAACCCGUAACCUAACACCGAGGUGAUACCUCUUAAAAAAAUGCUUCAGUCUCUAGCCAGUAAUUCGUGUGUGCGCUUGAUACAGAGUCACAAAUCGACGUGGUAUUUUGCCUCUCUGGUGUUGGGGUACAUCCUUUAUCUUAUAUUCGGCGCUGUUGUGUUUUCGUCGGUCGAGCUGCCUUAUGAAGACCGCCUGCGUCAGGACCUGAGGACCAUUAAGAAACAGUUCCUGCAGGAAAAUGAGUGUCUGUCCGAGGAGCGUCUGGAGCUGUUUCUAAAGAAAGCCCUGGAGGCCAGCAAUUAUGGGGUUUCCAUCCUCAAUAACGCCUCGGCUAACUGGAACUGGGACUUCACAUCUGCGCUGUUUUUUGCCAGCACCGUGCUGUCCACCACAGGAUAUGGUCACACAGCACCGCUCUCUGAUGGCGGUAAGGCCUUUUGCAUCAUCUACUCUGUGAUCGGCAUCCCCUUCACUCUCCUCUUCCUCACGGCUGUGGUGCAAAGGAUCAUGGUGUUCAGCACACGGAGGCCAAUCAUGUACAUCCACACACACUGGGGCCUGUCCAAGCCAUUGGUGGCCAUCGUUCAUGCAACUCUGCUCGCCUUGUUGGCCGUCUCUUGCUUCUUCCUCAUCCCUGCUGCCAUCUUCUCAGCACUGGAGGAGAACUGGAACUUCCUGGAGUCCUUCUACUUCUGCUUCAUUUCCCUCAGCACCAUCGGCUUGGGAGAUUACGUACCUGGAGAGGCCGUGAAUCAGAGGUUCAGGGAGCUCUACAAAGUGGGCAUCACUGUCUACCUGAUCCUGGGUCUGAUAGUCAUGCUGGUGGUGCUGGAGACCUUCUGCGAGCUGCAGCAACUGAAGCAGCUGAGAAAGAUGUUCUACCUGAAGAAGGAGAAGCCGCAGGACCGCCUCGCCAUUUUGGAGCACGACCACCUGUCCUUCACUACUAUGUCCAAAAGAGCCACAGCCCACAAUGAGGACAAAACCCAUCCGUUUGUUAGUGUCUCAACUCUGGUCUCUCCCAACGACGAUCCCAUGAUCCAGUAAAACUAAACAUCUACUGAAGGAUGAAAAUAUGAAAGUAGGGGGAUAACGCAGGCAAGACAAUAAGUAGAUAGAAUGAGUACAUCAUACAUCUCGGCUAUAGGCAAAGCUCAACCCUGCAAAAUUAUUAGUAAAACUAGUUGAGACUAUUCAGAUCAAUCUCCGUUACAAAACCACAAUACUGAUGACAUAGUGCUAUGCAGCAGAGAUUAAAUUUAUGCGCAUUAAUAAAGGGAGAACAUUAAUAUUUUAACAGCGAUCCUGAAGACAAACUCAGUGGUAAAACAAAAGCCUUCUGCUGUAUUUAUGACUCACAAGCGCUAAACUCCUUUAUGAGCUGGAUUAUUUAUUGCAUACUUAGGAACAUUUUAGAAAGUAAUUGGUCUCUUAAAUCUAGCAGAAAUGUAAGACAAUUCUCUGUAGUCUGUCACAAAGUAGUACAUUAAUAUGUAUGUAACUUAUAAAUAGAGAUGCUUGACAGGUACGUGGAAUGUACAUAAUCAGGUAAAUGUUUUAAGAUGUACAGUAUAAUGCCAUCUAGAAUUAACACACGUAUUAAAGAUGAGCCAAAGUGCAGCUAAAACAACUAAGUAAUAAGCAACCAAGAGGAACCGUUCCAUGACAUGUUCUCUGGCUUUGCUUGUUGAAAACUGAUCAAAGUUUGUUGCUUGGUAAGGUCUGAAAUGCUUUAUUGGAUUCUUUUCAAUUGGACUGGCUGCUAUUGAUGUUUUUGAAAAGGUACUGAAAGUUUCAGGGGGCCUGUUUUUCCGUUGCAUAACGUCACAUGGUCGACUGAAAGGCAGGUUUCAGUCGAUCCUGAACAAAGCAUGUGAAAGAAUAGACAUCUCAUGAACAAUGAGUAGGCUGACCUCAGAGGAAGAUAACCUGAAAGUGCGACAUAUCUGACUAUGAAAGUUUCCAAAAGGACCUGCGUGUAAAAACAUAGUUAUUUUUGGCUCAUCUUUAUAAAAGGUGUUAACCGUGGCUGCACUCCACAUUGUCACAUUUCAUUGUGAGGGAAAAUAUUUGUUUGCAGAUGUGUGUAUUUUCUCAACCUGUUGCAGUGGUAUUUCAAACGUGUCCAUGUGUAAUGAUAUGCACUAUAACCUAUUGAUUUAUCUGAAUGGAUUCAUGUGUGCUGGACUGAGUAAAAAGGGAAGUGCAGUUAGUCUAGCUUAAAAAGGGAACCAUAGCCGGCCCGUAGCAUUUUACUGUCAAUUAAGUUUGCACAUGUCCUGGAGCCAGGCAGCAGUACAGAAAGAUAAGGGUCAUGGUUCCAACGAUUUCCUCCAUAAAAAUGGGAGAUAUUUUUAAUGGAAAAAUAAUGCUUUACUUUAAUUGUGGAUGAUCUGCAAAGGCUUGGUACUUGAGGAGUAACUACUUUACUGUAUUUACAUAAUUACAUUUUCAAAAUGUAUAUUUUUGAAUAUGACAUGAGGAAGGUUUACACAAUUUUUUGAGUAAUUAUUUAAAUGAAUUCUGUACUUGAAACGGUACAAUAAGGAAAACUUUAAAAGCAGCAGGAGUGCAAUUAAAACAUCCCAGUUCCGAUUAUCAUCAAUUUUUAAUCUGUUCAUCAACUAAGGAUAACUUUCCAUAUUUGGAAUUUAAACCAGUGCAUAUACACUUAUAUACACAAUACACAAGUUUGUAUGACGUUGCACUCCGCUGCAUAUUUUUAAAAGUAAUUGUAUUUGGCGGAAAAUGUUAUGGCAGAUUUAAUAAUUCCAUGCCAUUAUCUGUCCUGUGUUUGGCACAAAAUCAUACUGAUUUAAUGCAGAUUAUAAGUCAUAUAAACUUCUUAGCACAUUUAAUAGGAAGACCUCCAUUUGUUUUAAAUUCUAACAGCGUCUCAGUCUGUGUAUUGAGCCGAAGUUCUGACCUCAGCUUUCUCUGUCGCAUCACCCACAUCAAGACACAGUUGCAGCCUUUUAUGAAGUCUUGAAUGUAAAGUUUUUUUAUGCUGUUUGCUACAGGGAGAUUCAAGGCCUGACUAGAGUGCAGCAUUAUUGCUUGCUGCUCUGCUGGCUCUGUUAGUUUAGGAGUGACUGAAGAGAAGUCUGUUUGAAAAAAAAAGUGUGUACAGGUAAGCUGUGGUGUGUGUCAUGACUGCUUGUAACAUUAGCUUUGACAGUGUCAUCAUCUGAGUUUGCUCGCUGAUCUUUAAUAUUUUAUUUUAUAGAUCAGUGGGAUUGUAUUUCAUGUGUUUUUGUUCACCAGUCUAGGCCUUCAUGUAAACUGUGAAGCAUUGAUACUGUUCAUAUUGUCUGCUGAGAAAAAGGGAUUUCUCUUUUACUGUAAGCUGUUUCACUGUUUCAUAAAUACAGUAAAUGGAUUGACGUCAUGGCUUCAGCGUUACUGUUUUCGGCAGUGUUUGUCAUGCACAUACAGUUUGUCUUGAAGAUGUGAGCUGUCAAGCAAAGUAGUUCUAGUUCUGUUCAGGGAGUAAACAUUGUAUCAAGGAUUACGAACUGAAGCACACUGACAAUAUUUAUUUAUGCUGAACAUGUCUGGAAUAUUUGAAAUCAUUGGUUUCUGUACAUAUCAAUUCAGUUGUUGUGGUACAUACUGUAGAUUCAUAUACACUGUGGAGUAUUUUAGUCUUACGAUAUUGAUAUUGUAAUACAGGAUUGCCAUGGAGCACCAAGGUUUUAUGUAAAAGUCAUUUCAACAUCAAAAGUUCUCCCAUGAACUGUAAAAUAUCAGUGUGUCUUAAAUAAAGUGUUGGUUUAUUAUUACUUAA